CAAGGCACCCCGAAACACCGGGGUGCUGAUUGGCGGUUCGGUAGCUGAUCCGACCCGGGUUCCGGACGAGGAGGGCGGCUGCCACCAUUUCCGCCCGGACAUAUAACCAUCGUGCCUCGUGGAAAAAACGUGGUUUCUUAUUUUCCUUCCCCAGUUCGUGGACCAGCUCGACAAGCCUCUCGUUCAUCUUGUCGAUCACCAUGGUCGUCCUCUCUCUUCAGCGCGCCCUGCUUCUGGUAGGUGCCGUCCUUCCGCUCGCUCAACAGGGCCUUGCCCAAACCAUCAAGAACACCGAGGGCGAGGUGAUCCCCGCGAAUGAUAUCACCGUUGCCCCAGCCGCCGCGCCGCCUACCGACCCUGAGGCGGACCCCGAGACGCGCCAGCUGACGGAUGCCAUACUGGCCAACCUCACGGCCCAUGAGCUGAGCGACAUUGACCUGUUCCACUUCGACAACACGACUGGCGAUGAUGCUUCCCAGGUCGCGAAGCGCACGUCUGUCGGCACCUGCAAGACGUCCCCGGGCGACAUGAAGUGGCCUUCGCGUCUGACUUGGGGUGUCUUCAACUUGCUGACCGGCGGCGCCCUCAUCGAGACGGUGCCCAUCGGCGCCGUCUGCUACCCCAACAACGGCGUGUAUGACGCCGCCAAGUGCGCCGAUAUCCUCGAGAACUGGACCCAGUCGGAUACCCACGCCAACGACCCGACCUCGGUCAUGUCGCCGCUCUACUCGGGCGAGACUUGCAUGCCGCAGAACGGCAACUCGUCCCAGUGCACGCUGGGCGGGUUCCCGUCGUACGCCGUCAAGGCCACCGGCAUCUACCAGAUCCAACUUGCCGUCAACUUUGCCCGCAAGCUCGGCCUGCGGUUGAUCGUCAAGAACACGAGCCAUGACUUCCUUGGCAAGUCCCUCGGCUCUGGCGCCCUCUCCAUCUGGACCCACAACCUUAAGAAGAUUCACUUCCACCAGUCGGUCAAGACCCCUUCGUACUCGGGCGCGGCCCUCGAGAUCGGCGCCGGUGUCCAGGUCGGCGAGCUGUACGAAGCGGCCAACAAGUACGGCGUCACUGCCGUCGGCGGCGAGUGCAAGGGCGUCGGCGUCUCCGGUGGCUACAUCGCCGGCGGCGGCCACUCGCCCCUGUCGACCAAGUUCGGCCUCGGCUCCGACCAGGUACUGAGCGUCGACGUCGUGCUGCCCAACGGCCGCUUCGUCACGGCCAGCGAGACCCAGAACACCGACCUCUUCUGGGCUCUCCGUGGUGGCGGCGGCUCCACGUUCGGCGUCGUCACCGCCAUGACCGUCAAGGCGCACCCCAAGCUGAACAUGGCCGGCGUGACGUGGACCAUCAGCUCGGGCAACGACACGGCCAACCCGGACUCGGUCUUCUGGGAGGCCAUGUACGCCUACUGGGCAAAGUUCCCCGAGUACGCCGAGCAGGACGUGUACGGCUACUCGAUGAUCUUCCCGCGCGGCCCCGGCGCCGGCUACACGUGGACCAUGAACCCGUGGAUGGUGCCCGGCAUGUCGCUCGCCGACUUCAAGGCCAUGGUGCAGCCGCUGUUUGACGAGUGGACGGCCAUCGGGUUCGAGUUCGAGCCCGUCUUCUUCGAGCACGACAACUUCUACGACGCCUGGACCCGCCACUUCCCCGUCGAGGGCGUGGCCAACUCCAACCUGCGCACGGCCUCCCGCCUCUUCCCCCGGUCCGCCUGGGACGACGUCGCCCACCGCAACGCCAUGUUCGACGAGGUCCGCUCCGUCGUCGACGAGGGCUCCGCCCUCAUCCAGUACAACAUGAACCCGGCGGCCCCCGCCGGCACCCCCGCCAGCGGCGCCAACUCGCACUGGCGCGAGGCGAUCUGGUUCGGCAUCAUGGGCACGGGCUGGGCGCCGGGCAUCUCGCAGACGGAGCUCGAGGCGGUGCAGCGCAAGAUCACGGAUAACUGGAUGGGCCGGCUGCGCGUGUAUGGCCCCGGCGGCUACCUCAACGAGGGCGACGUCAUGGAGCCCGACUUCGCGGACGCCUUCUACGGCACCAACUACGACCGCCUCCUCCAGAUCAAGCGCCGCGUCGACCCCUACGACCUCUUCUGGGCCCCCACCGCCGUCGGCUCGGAGCGCUGGAGGAUUGAGGGCCAGCCCGACUGGCUGACCCUGCAGACUGGCAAGCUGUGCAAGGUGGCCAACUAGGUAUUUGGGU